CCCGGAGCCUCGCAGCCGCCGCCGCCACCCGGCGCCCGAGGAGAGGGCGGCGGGCGCCCCCCGGGGAGGAUGAAGGCGGAGGGGGGCGACCACUCCAUGAUCAACCUGUCGGUGCAGCAGGUCCUGAGCCUCUGGGCCCACGGGACGGUGCUCAGGAACCUCACGGAGAUGUGGUACUGGAUCUUUCUGUGGGCUCUCUUCUCCUCUCUGUUUGUCCAUGGUGCUGCGGGCGUGUUGAUGUUUGUCAUGCUGCAGAGGCAUAGGCAGGGGAGAGUAAUCUCGCUCAUUGCAGUCAGCAUCGGAUUUCUGGCUUCCGUAACUGGAGCAAUGAUUACUAGUGCAGCCGUCGCGGGCAUCUACCGAGUGGCCGGCAAGAACAUGGCCCCGCUGGAGGCGCUGGUGUGGGGCGUGGGGCAGACUGUAUUGACGUUGAUCAUCUCCUUUUCAAGGAUCCUCGCCACGCUCUGAGCCCCGAGGGCAGGGCUUGCUUCACCGGAGGAGGCCGAUGUACAGAUGCUCGGAAGGCGGCAUGGUCGGGUCCUGGGCGGCGGGAGGCGAGGCCUCGCGCUGCGUGCGGAGACCGCCCCCUGCUGUCCGCUGCUGCACCACCGCCUGCACCUUACGUGCCUCGCCCCGGGCCGGCGCCGCCUGGGGACCCGGGGACGCGGGGACCCGGGGCCGGACCGGGUCGGAGCUGCGAGCUGCCCGCGGACGCGCUGCUGCGCACUGUCCUCCCGCAGCGCCGCGUCGGGUUAGGGACGCGGGACGUGCGGAGGAGGAGCUGAUUCACGUGCCAAACUCUCUCUCUCUCUCUUUCGCCUUUUUGUUUUGUUUUGUUUUUUUGAAAAACAUUGAUCAUGUGACAAUUUGCAAGUGUAGAUGUAGAUGAGUGCUGUGAACCAUAUUCCACACGAAUUCAGGUAACAGUGAGGUUUUGUUUUGUUUUGUGACACUAAAUCCCGUAUGAGUGCUGAAUACUGAAUCAUUUAAUAGGCGGUAAAUGCUCUUGGUUUUCAAUGUCGAACGUUUCUGGGAUUUAGGGCUUUAAUAUAUGUAGGCAUUUAUUGUUAUUUACUUUAAUUUAUGUGGAAAAAUAAUACUUAAUGGCAAACUAGCUAAACUCUUUUAAGGACUCAAAGUAGACCUGUAGGAUGCAUCCCUUCCGCUCACCUAAAUAACACUUUUACUAGUUUCCCUCCUACCUAACUACUCUAUUGAUAUGAAUUCAAAAUCUCUUGUGGGUCACACACAUUGGCUGUAGUUCGUGUGUCAUAAAAAUAUAAAUUGAGAAUUUUCUUAUAAACUUUGUAAGAAAAAAAAGUCUGAAAUGCAUGUUGCAUUCUUUGACCCUUCUAAAGAAAGUUCUUGCCAUGUUUCUCAUGGAGAAAACAUCUUUAUAACUAAUAUCUCGGUGGGAUUAUAUUACUUGUUGCAUAUAUCUUGAUUUUUGACAAAACAUAAACAGUCUUUCAUUCUGGAGUAUUACCUGUGUUUAAAGAGUGGCCUAAAUUAGGCUGUGAAAACAAAAAGCCUCAUUUGUAGAUAAGUAACAAGUACAUUAUAUAAGAAGAGUAAUAAACUAUCUUAUUGUUGGGCAUGUGGUAACAUAAUUUUGCUAAGUAAAAAUUGGGGAAUAUAGCAAAUAAUUUAAAAAUUUGGCAAUUUCAGCGGAUUAGUACAGUGCUGAUCAUAUAUUAGAGUGGUCUGUUGUUCAGUUCUCAAUUUGCACUGCUAAUUAAGUCUACUCGAAUCAGUGAUGACAUUUAUUAGAAUGAAAAAGUCCUUCGUACAAAACACUUGAAGAGGUUUUGACAAGAUGUAGUUGUUUUCAAGAGUGCAAGGAGUAAGGGAAACAGAACCUGGUUGAAUUUGUCUCCUACUGAGAUUGUUUUAAAUGCCAGGUACUCUUAGAAUAAAUGUGCUAACUCAAAAAGCCACUGCACAAGAUAUGAAGUCAAGGGCAAUCCAAAAAAUAAUCUGCAUACUCUAGCCUCACUGUUUUAUAACCUGAUUUGGUUAAAAAAAAAGAAAAAAAGGUACAUUUCUAUUAGGUCGCAUUCAAAUUUAAGACCUUCAUUACCCACACCACUUUUUCUCCACCGAAAAUCAGAAUAUAUAUAAAUGAUUUAACAAUAGGGAGUUGGGGAAGGGGAUACUUUUACCAGCAUGGAAGCCAAUUUUGGGGAUGGCUUGGAAAUCUGUUUUUUUAAAAAAACAAUAAGCAGCUUUGCAUCCCUAGAGAUCUUUGAAGUAAAUCUUAAAAUUGACUCUUUUUAUUAUGUACAAGCCUAAAAAUUAUUUUCAUGUGUUCUUUAUAUUCCCGAUGUUUUCCCAAAUUAAAUUUAGGCAUAAAUUUUCCAAGUCAAUUUGAUUUCUCCUUUUCUUUUAGACUUGAAUUGUGUUCUUCCUUUAUUUUGGCUGUUCUGUCGGUAAUUUCAAGUGUUCAUAUUCUUUGAGAGGAGUUACCAAUAAUGUGUUCACAUUGUUUCAGAUCUGCAGUAUGGAUAUUUAUUUUAAUGUAUGGUUGUUUCAUGAUUUAAGAAAGUUAUCAUGGUAAGGGAAUACGAGCACAUGGUUUAGAAUCCAAAAUUAGCUGGAAAAUUACCUGGACACAUUAAAUCCAUCAAUGUGUGGACCAAAGAGAUUCUAACUCCUGUUUUUGCUCUAGAACGGAAAUAUAAUUGGAUGGUUAAUAGUCUACGGAGUGUCCUGCAGCUAUCUCCCCAUCAGGUUGCAUUAUGUUAUGAGUUUGUGUGUGUGCGUAUGUGUGUGUGUGUGUGUGUGUGUGUACUUUUAACCGUUGGGGGAAUUUUUGGUUUCUUUGCCUUUUCAGCUCUUUUCAUUGAGAUUUUGUGCAACUGUCACUCUCUUGAUGUUUUAAAAUGCAGUUGAAUAGUGUGAAUCAAUGAAAUUGUCUUAAAUAGCUAUUUCUAUGCUGAGAUCUUUUUUUUUUUUAAAUCAGUGGUUUUCCUACAGAGACAACAAAUGCUUAAUGAUAUAUACCUACACACACAUAUAUAUCAUAAUAUAUCUAUAUGUAAAGCUGCUAUAUAUGAAUAUAGUCUAAUUGGAAAGCUUUUGUUCAGUGAACACUUUCAUGUUCUAGUAGAGAAUUUUAUAUAUAUUUGUUCAGUUGAAUGAUCUUUUAAAUAAGGAUGUUUGAGAUUUUUGAAUUUGGGGAAAUUUUUCUUGGUUUAUUAAUGCUGGAGACCCUUGUUUGUGAUAUGACAAAAGCCCUUGUUGAUGUGUUUAGGUUACAACUUCUUAAAAUUUGUAUGUGAUUUGGCAGUAAACUUUCUUUGUGAUAAAUGCAGGAAGAAAGGGGGAAAUCCUCUGGAGUUUAUUCACUCCUUUAUUUAAAGAAAAUGUUUACGAAAAUAUGGCUAAUGGUGAAAUCAGUUCCCCAAAGAAAAGAUCUAUGCCAAUAUGCCCAAACUAAUUAUCAUUUAGCAUACUGGUUAGAACUGUCCAGAGAUCAGAAUCAAUCAGGGAGGCCCAUCAAAGCUACAAAUGAUGCAUAAAACUUUUAGAUGAAGGAGGUACAAGUGAUCUGCCCCAUGGAUGACUCCACUGGUUGCCUAAAAUAAGGGCAUUUUUAAAUGGUGGCUCCAUUCAGUCCCCACAGCUUAAUCAUUCUUACUUUAGAUGUUAAUGUGUACUGAACAGUCUUAUAGUUUGUUACUCGAUGUACUUUCUUAGUGUUUGCAAUGUACAUUUCCACUGCCUAAAAAAGCAUAAGGGUGUUGUCUGUACCUUAAGUGAGAAAUAAGGAAGUGAGCUGCACUAUAUAUCAUGCAUUUGUGGUAUAAGGAACAGGGUUAAGUUAAAAAUCAAAGAGUGUUGUUGAAAAGAACUUCAGAGAAGGUCUAAUUAAGACACAGGUGGCGUUGCCAUGUUACUCUGCCCACAGUGGCACAUGCCAACUAAUUCAAUUCUGUAAACAUUAUUUGAUGGAUCUACUGUUUUCAGGGUGCUGUACUGAGUAUUUUCUUUAGUAAGUUGUACAAGGAUGGCUGAGAUGGAUCCCUGCCCUUGAGUCCACCAAGAGCUAGGAAGGUGAUUAUAAAUCAUAAAAAGGUUGGGACACUUCAUUUCCUGGUUCUCUUUGAGAGUUUAAGUCCUUCCCCCCCCCGCCCCCAAGUUUGGUUUUCCCAGUUUAUCCACCAAGUGGACUUCCUGUAAUUGGGAUAUCAGUAUGGUGACAUGGUGGGCAGAAUGCUAGACUCCGCUAAGCCAGCAACAUCAACUCCAAUCCAGGGCCUGUCACUUGGUGACGUUUGGUGUAUGAAUGCAAAGCAGUAUGUAUUUGGCAGUAAAUGAUCAAUAGAAAGUCAUUAGAAUUUAAAAAAAAAAUUUUUUUUAUUUAUUUAUGGUAGUCACACACAGAUAGAGAGAGGCAGAGACACAGGCAGAGGGAGAAGCAGGCUCCAUGCACCAGGAGCCCGACGUGGGAUUCGAUCCCGGGUCUCCAGGAUCGCGCCCUGGGCCAAAGGCAGGCGCCAAACCGCUGCGCCACCCAGGGAUCCCAUCAUUAGAAUUUUUUAAAUUAACUUUUAACAUCAGUUGAAUAUGUUGUUUUGUAAAAUUUAUCCACUUUCUUCCAUUUCCACAUUUUCCCUGCACAUAUUUUAAGAAGGAGACUAAACACUGUCUCUUACAAUCUUGCUUCCUUCACCUCCUCUCCACCUCUUUAUUCCAAAAAUCACCAGAUUCUCCAAGACCACCUCUGGGAGUGGGUGACGGUGGAAGUGGUGAGGGCAAGCCGACUGUUCACUGCUAGUUAAGCUAGAAAAAGAGUGAGGGUAGCCGGCACUGACUCCUUUGCCUUAUCCUGCUCACUUCCUUGGAUCGUUCAGCCGACAUGCAUUGAAUCUCUACGACAUUUAACCUAACUAUCCUUGUUUUAGGGAUGGGAAAGCGCGUCCUCUGUGUCCACUUCUCUUCCGCCAUCCUGGGCUUCAGGCUUCAGGUGUCGCGUCAGUUCUGCAGGAAAUGGAGCUGGGCUUCAGUGCCUACCACGUCCUUCCCUCGUGGACCAAAGGUGCAUACACCAUACUUGUUUCUAACUUCAAGGAAACGCUGUUAUUUUUACUUUAUGUCCAUGUUAUAGUUCACGAAGUCACGAGAUGCUAAGAAUAUUUUCUGAAAUAUUCUGAAACUACUUCACUCUUGCUAUUAAUUUUUUUCCCCUCUUGGAAAGUCUUAAUCAGAAUCUCUUCAGAGUCCUUACUUGUUUGUAAAAUAUGAAGAACAUGGAAAGUCACGAAGAAAUCCUGGUAGACGUAAAUUGCAGAGAAGUUGGCACCACUUGCUGGGUAGCUGUGUAAAUUGCUGUUCCUUUUAAUAAUCAGGGGUGAGAAUCUCAGUGCUGAGGGCUAGUGAUCCAAUUAGUUGGCUCAUAAUUUCUCUUAACUCCUAGUCCUUUUUUAUAGCAUCUCGGAGGGAGAACUCUUCAGGUACAAAAGGACAUUUUUUUAUUGAAGAUGAUAAGGUUUUCUAACACACGGUAGCAUUUUGUGGCAGCGGGAAGUUUGAAGGAGGGUAGCAAGAAGGGAGGGUAAGGCGGGCAAGCCUAGGAGGACGUGAGGAAGUGCCCUAGGUGAUGGGAAUACAGCCUCCUCCUUGCAUUAGGUUUGUAAACUACACUGUGUGAGUAUUUCUGCUGCAUGUCGACUACAUGCCGUUUCUUUGUGAGACUUAACACAGUAUUUGCAAUCCAGUGGUGUGUGUGUGUGUGUGUGUGUGUGUGUGUGCAGUGUGAUAGGUUUGUUCCUCUCACGGAGGGAUCUCUGUUCAGUGUAGGCAGUACAGCGUUUUUGAGGAGGCUACUAAAGUAGUUAUCUAAAAAACAUAUAUGUGAAUUUGUUUUGGGAAGGUAGUGCUUAAUAUAUAAUGUAUUUUCAGUAGAUGUGGAGAUGUACCAGUUAAUACUUUAUUAAAUUGAUGGAAACACCCAAGUUUCUGAGUGAACAGAGAGCUAUGAACUGCAACUGUCUCCUCCUCCCUUGAGUAUAGAGGACUCAUCUUUAAACUCAUUGCACAUAUGUUGAACUUACAUAAUAACCCUUUGUCGAUUUUGAGCACUAAUUUUUCAGCUUCUUAAAAAUCUCCCUCUUCCUUCCAUUCUGUUGUCAUAUGGUAUAAUUUAAACAUAUGUACAGUUUGUUGAUAGACUCAGAAGUUCUGGUUUAGAAGAAAAUGUUCUUAACACCUUAUGGUUAUGCAGCUAUAAUCUUACUGAAAAAUAAAUGCUAUAGGAAAGUCAAGAGAGCAUGAACCUCUUACGUGUUUUUUUGGAUUAUGUCCUGCACCCAUAUCCAUGCCCCUUCACUGGUACCAGGCCUGUCCCUUCUUGGGGAAUGUAUUUAGGUAUGUAAGUGAAACUGGAAAGUGGUAUCAACACAAAUAUAUAGAAAGAGAAACUAUAAUUCAUAAUUAUCAUAACUGUAACCCUUUUUCUCCUAAUCAUAUAUUGAUAAUUUCCAAGGAUCAUCUCUUGUUUUAGAUCCCUAUAAUAAAUGAAUGUUAACUUGACAGUACUACUGAUAAUGAGAAAUUUCUCUUGUUUUUAAACUAAAAUAUUUGCACAUCAUCACUAAGUAUCUUGGUGGAAGGACCGUUUUAAAGUUUUCUCCAUAGAGAGCAAAGUAGAAGCACUUGUUUGAAAAGUAAUUAAAAAUUAUUUCCUUUCAGUACUGGGUGAGUUAAUAGUCUGAUUGUCGACACUUUCUUGGUAUUUGUGGUAUCAGAUGCAAUACACACACACACGCACUCACACACACACACAUACACACAGACGUACAGACAUGAGCUGUACACAUUUAGAUGAACAAAUAAAAUUCCACAGUAUUUUGCAUCUUAGUCUUAUAAAUUGGUGAAAUUCAUAUGAUUGUACCAGGAAGUAUUAAUCCUUGACUUUAGUCAUCUUAGGAUGAGAGCAUCAACUUCAAGUUAACCAACAAAAGUGUCUUGAUUUAAAUAGCAAAAAUAUAGUUUACCCGAUAGGUAUUAAAAAUUCACUUUCAAAUUGCGUUAACUCUCAGAUCACUGAUGAAUCAUUUAGUGAAACAGUAGUUUUUAAAAGCUAAAUGGUGCCUUAGUGCCUUGGAAGUUAAGAUACUUUUGCAAAGUGAAUUUGGCAGGAUUCAGGAUUGACACACUUGUCACUGGGAUUUAGAGUUUAGGGACGGUGUAAUUAACUCCUUAUGGUGAAUAAAAAUCAGCAUUUUGCCAUUGACUCUGACAGAUGACAACGAGUUUCAUCACCUUUUCAUGAUGUAGUAUUUGUCUAUAUACUUUUUCUUUUUACAAGUAAGUUUGAAAUGGAGAAAAAUGUAGUCAAGACAAUUAAGUGUGGGAUUUUAAAAUUUAGUUUUGUUGUAAACUAGAAAUUCUAGUGUGAACAGUGUUAGGUUUAUACCGUAGUACAAGGGCAGACAGUUGUAACCUUUAGGAAUAUGUUUACCAUCAGGGAUUUAUUUUUACUAUAGAAAUACUUAAUGUACUGUGAAGUUUAAAGACAGGAAGAAUAAAUGUUGGACGGGGUAACGCACAAAAACAUAGGCAUACGUGAUGAAGUACCCUACAUUAUGUGAACACAAUUCCUCCCCUCUGUUAAGACUAUAAACUACACUGUAUGAGUAUGUGUACUGCAUGUUUACAUAAUACAGUUUAAUUUUGAAGGAUUAUUUUAAAAACUAUGUUUAUGUAUAAUACCUAACAAGCUGUAAAUAUUGUAUACUAUUGAUUUUUAAUUUUAUAUAAGCGAUUUUUUUAUUUCCCAAUUCAUGUACAAAUCUCACUGUGUAUAUAGCAUAAUUUCCUGGAGAACACAAAUUUUGCAGUGAACUUUAAUUAUUUUAAUUGUGGUAAGCAUCAGGUUAGCCUUAGGGAUGUUGGUCUUUAAGUUAUUUUUCACCACUCAUUUUCUUCAAAGGGCAGCAAUAAACAUAUGCAAGUUAUUUUUGACUAUAGAAAGUUGGUCUGCAAACACAAGAUCUAGGUUGCAAUUCAUUGCUUUAAAGAAAAGAUGCACAAUUAGUAUCAUCCAUUGUCUCACCACAGGACCGUUUCUGAGGUCCGUGUGUCUCUCUCCUCUUUGUAAUAUACAGGGUGAACUCUCUACUGACACACACAAGACAACUGUUAACAGUGAAUCCAGCACUUAAAUGUCAUUUCACAGAAUUUAUUGGAUUAAAAAUUUGUAAUAUACAGUAUUUUAAUAAAAUUUCUGUAUUCAAUUUCAUGCACUUAUAUAUAAAUAAACCUGUCUUUAAAAGCUUUA